GGUAGGAGACCGGAAGUUAAAUAUUGGAGAAACAAAACGCGGCACAUUUCUCCAAAACACCAGAUUUGCCACAAUGCCUCUGUCCACUCAAUCACAGGCUGAUGAUGAACAAUAUGUAUUAGUAGCCAGUUUGGAUAAUGCUCGCAAUCUCUCCAACAUACUGAAAGCCAUCACCUUCAAGGACCACGCCAUCUUUAACGCUACACCCAACGGUUUGAAAGUCACUGUGGAGGACUCCAAGUGUCUGCAAGCCAACGCUUUUAUCCAAGCUGACAUCUUCCAAGAGUUCACCAUUAGGGAAGAUGUGGUGGGUUUUCAGGUCAAUCUCACUGUUCUGUUAGACUGCCUCAACAUCUUUGGGGGAAGCAUAGUACCAGGAUUGUCAACGGCAUUACGAAUGUGCUACAAAGGAUACGGUUACCCUCUGACCUUGUUCUUAGAAGAGGGGGGUGUGGUGACGGUGUGUAAGAUCAACACACAAGAACCAGAAGAGCUGAUUGAUUUUGAGUUCUGUAGCGCCAACGUCACAAACAAGGUGAUCCUGUUGUCUGAGAGUCUAAGAGAACCGUUCUCCGAACUGGAUACGACCAGUGAGGUGCUGGAGAUCACAAUGUCACCAGACCAACCGUAUUUUAGGUUAUCUACAUUUGGGAACUCUGGAAACGCUCAUUAUGAUUAUCCUAAAGACUCGGAGAUGAUGGAGCUUUUUCGUUGCACCACAACUCAAACCAACAGGUACAAGAUGUCUCUGCUGAAGCCGUCCACCAAAGCCCUGGCUCUGUCCAGUAAGGUCUCCGUGAGGACAGACAGCAGGGGCUUCCUGUCUCUGCAGUACCUGGUCAGGAACGACUGUGGACAGGUCUGCUUCGUGGAAUAUUACUGUUGUCCUGACGAGGAGGUGGAGUGACAGCCGAGCGUGUGUUGGUUCUAUUCCCUACUUUAUUAAGCACUUUAAGAGGAGCUCAGCGUUUUUGAGGACAGACUGUCAGAGACUCUGUACGAUUGGGUUAAGUUGAGGUCCCUGGAUUACGAUGUGAUGUUUGCGUCAUAGCAAAAGGAGUGAAGCUGGGAGUUUUGAAGAUGAUGUUAGUACUUUGGACUGACCUGAGUGCAGUUUCAUCACCGGGUUUAGAACAACGUUCAGAUGCAGCUCAUUUGAUCCUAGUGGAGACAUGAGCGUCUGCCUUCAUAUUUCCUUUGUGACCAUGUUGAAGUUGGUAUAUUUUGGAGUAUGUGAAAAUCAGAUCAUACUCAUCAUUGUAUUACUCUGAUGCACAGACCCAUGAUAAAACUUAAAUAAAAAAAA